AUGCUUCUGGGCUUGGCGUCGCCUGUUGACUGGCCUGCAUCACUUGGGCUUCUCGCGAGAAACAACGGGUCACCUUCCUUUUGUCUGGGCUUCACGUCUGGACCUUUGUUGGUAACCUCGCAGCUGAGAAUCGUCAUCCCAGCCUCGUCUACCCCGAGCAGUCGCACGCUGCCAUCGCCAUUGCAUGCGUUCAGAAGUACGCCAACCACCAAAGCCGUGAGAAUCGGGAGCCGUUUGAGCCAUCGCAAGCCUCAGUCGCGCCCCGACCGUUCGCCGCCAGAGCCCGACAGAACCCCGUCGAUCGUGGAUCGCUUCAGACUCUGGCCUCUCGACCGUCAAUACCUCGAGUCGUCGCCUUGGGAAUUGAGCCGGCAAUCCGUUCGCGCCUACGAAUCACAGUCCGGAACAUCUGAAGCCAAUCGAGUCGAACCUCCCCAGCAACUCCACAACUGCCGUCCGAGAGCCGCUGCCUUCCCUGGGGCAACCGCACGCCUGUAG